AUGGAGAGCACGCAGUCGUUCGUCACCGCCGAGGAGGGCGACUCCAGGAAGAAGCGCGGCCGCUUGAUGGGCAAGCUGUUUGGCAAGGACCGCAAGGUCGACGACGGCGCCAACGCCGCAUCCGUCGACGCCUUUCUGCACAGCUCGAUCGACACCCUCAGCAUCUCGCAUCCGCCGCCGUCGCAGUCGCCCCAGGUCUCGCUGUCGCUGCCCAAGCUCGACACCAGCAUCCCUCGCUUCCCCCAGGCGCAGCAGAAUCGCUCCCAAGCUGCAGGCGGCGGCAACGAUGUCCGAUCCCCACGGCGAAGCCCACGGCCGAGCAGACGCGGACUCACAGUCAGGUUCGACGAAACAUGCAUCGAAGUCAUUGGCGAGGGCGGUGACGAGUCCGAGAUGCCUACCAUGGAGAUAUCGAAAAGGAAGAAGGAGCGCAAGCAGCCUCCCCCGCCGACACCGCCUCAGGCCCGGCCCAGGCCGUCCCCGAGCUUGCCCUCCUACUCCAACAGCGACCUGUCCUCCUCGCAGGACGACUUCGUACCCAAGCCCAUCUCCCGAACGCAGACCGGCUACUCGGCCAAUUCAUCCCAGCUGGAGCCACAGAACCCUGGCAGGAACCAGUCUUCUGGCUUCUUGGGAGUGUCGAGCAACAACAACACUGAUGAGAACAGAAAGUCCUUCAUCGAGAUUCACCAGGCGCAGAUGGCGCUGGCCGAGGGAAGGGCCUUUGCCAAGGCUGCCCGCACCGCCAGCGCUGCUUCCGAGCACGACUGGGGCGAGAGGAAGCUGCCCCCAUCCCGCGAGCUAAACGAUUCUCCAGAGCCUACGUCUCCCGAAGCCCAGGCCAGGCCGACUGCCGACUACAGCCCGGUUACCUCCAUAUCUACGAGCUCUGGCAACUACCCGUCGCCGAGCAAUCAGACUGCGCAAACGUCGCUGCGUGACAACAAUUCCCGGCGCCCAAGCGGCAGCUCCCAGAGCGACCCCCCGCCUCGCGCUAUCCCGUCCAUGGCCUCGAGAGCGCUCUCGGUGCGAGUCACCGACGCUGUGGCCGGCUCUGAGGCUCUCAAGACCUUUGUCGCCAGGAGCAGGCACCUGUUUGCGCUGUUUCGGCUGCAUGCUGAGCAAGUACGAACCCUCUCAUCUUGCUCCCAGUCGCAGCUUGCGCGAGGAAGCCUCUGGUGGUUUCUCAAGGGUAGGAUGGGCCUCGAGGCCGCUAUUCGCGACCGACCUACUUCUCCCCAGUCGCAGAUGCAGCUCGAGCUGGACCGGCAACAGGCGCACUCCAAUCUGGCCAAGUCGUACUGGCUCUGCCAGGAAGUCCUACCCGACCUGAUUGAAUCUCAAGGACUGGAUCCCGACCCCGAGGUCGCUGACGUAGCCAAAAGCGUGGUGACGGCCCUGACGAAGCUGGCGGUCUCGAUGAAGCGAAAUCAAAUCCUGCCACCCGAAGACGCCGUGCUGCCGCAGACCAUUGACAAGUCCAUCUGGGUGGAAUAUCCUCCCCUGAGCCAGGACAUGAUCGCUCUGCUGACGGGCAACUGGGGCGGUGGUCUGACGGCAAUGCAGCACCCCAUGACCUACCUCGAGCUGCUGGAUGCCUUCCCGGUCGGCGACACGGCCGAGACGUUUUGCUACGGCAGAUUGCCGGCCGAGGUGUUCCUCAUGGAGCAAGGCAGAGAGAACAAGUCGCUGCGCUUCCCUUGCAUGCUGUCUCUGGUCCGGCCCACCAAGCAGAACGGACUCAUCUUUGUGCUUUCGAGCCAGGACGGCAACAUCCAGCUGCCGAUCCAAGAUCGGACGAGCAAAGGCGGGCCCAGCUGGGAGGACAUCCGCUGGAGGCCCGAGACCUCUUCCUUUGACCUGCGCCUGCCCCGCGGCUUCAAACUGGCCGUGCAGCUGACGCAGAGCGACUACAGAAUGCUUUACAACAUGUACGACUACGCCGCGAAGCUCCAGCAGACGCUCCAACCGCGACCCGACGAGCAGGUCGUGUUUCGAAACACGCUCCGAUCAUUCCAGUACCUGGAUGCGGACCCCAACUCCCGGGCGUUUCCCAAGGAACCCAUCAGUUCUUGCGACGUAGCCCUCUUUGAAAAGCUCCGCAAGGACAACGGACCGCAGGGACAGCGAUGCUGGCAUACCGGCUUCCGCAUUGCAGUCGUCACAGGACCAAAGACGAGGACGGCGUGCGGAGUGUCUCACACCUACCCCCCACCGCUGCCGGUGCAGUUUGGCUUCUUCAGGGCCGAAGGAGACCUGCCCGCCUUUUCAGUCAAGUUUGAGAAUGGCCGGCAAAAGGGCCGCAUGGUCAUGGUGUUUGGCGACGAAAAGGAACGCGCUCGCUUCCACUCGCUGCUUACCGGGACGUCCAUUGAGCCUGGCGAGAAGGUCUUUACGGACGUGCCGGUCUCCUCCGUCACCAUCGCCCAAAGCCUUCGCGAGCCGCUUGGCAUGGCGCCUUUCAGCCGGCUGCAGUGGAAGGCAGGCAGGGUUGUCAAUGACGAGUACGGCGCCGAGGGGGAUGCGGCCCCCACCGUGCUCGCAGACAGGCUGAGGAUCAUCCUGGAGCAUCAGUACGGCACCAUCACCGACAGGAUCAACGUCGAGCCCGGUGAGCUGCGGAUGCGCCUGGAGGUCAGCAAUGCCAAGGUGCUCAAGCUCUUGCGCCAGCCGCAGCAGGACGUGACGAUUGCCAUUGCCGAGUCGCAAGUGGGCAAGGACGUGCCGCGGAACAUGUACGACUCGCUGCAGCUCAUCCGGCUGAAUCAGACGAUCCGGUCCAUCGAGUUCAACAACCUCAAGGACCUCCACGCCUUCCAAUACGCAGUCUUUGGCUUCGAGGUCAUCUUCGACGCGCUGGCGGUCACGUUCGCCAUUGCGCGGCGCCGCAUGGUUGUGCCCAUUCACAAGAAGUGGGAGGCGGGAUACACCAGAAUCCAGGUCAUUAAGCAGGAGGACAAACAGCUGCAGCUCCUGGCAUUCUUUGAAGACUUUAGCCACGGGCACUGCAUGAAUUUCGUGCUCAAGGGCACCGAUCUCUACGAGGCCUUCCACAGAGGCAGCAAGUCGGGUAUUCGCUUCGUCGAUGCUAAAUUUCCGCUACCGCGGCUGCCAGCCGACAAGGACGGCGACUACGACGACAUGGCCUUUGUCUGCCUGGAUCUUCCGGACCUACCGGGCGAGCACGACGAUAUCUCCAUCAUGUUUGAGAACGAAGAAGACCGAGACCGUCUUGCUCAAGUCCUUCCAGCCCCCAUCAAAGGUUCCUCGAGAAUCUCACGAAUGAAAUGA